AUGGAGACCUGCCUGAAAGACCUGCUUCUCGUCGGGGUGGUCACAGCAGCCCCCGCGCCAUCAUCAGCCCCUCUGCCAACCCAUGAGGAUGCGGUUUUAGCUGCAGUUCAGGUGUACAACCAAGAGCCAGGCACAACACUGGCCUAUCGGCUCCUGGAAGCUGAGCCGCAGCCAGACUGGGACGUGUCUUCGAAAACGAUCCAACCGGUGAAAUUCACUGUUCAAGAGACAGUGUGUCUGGUAUCAGGGAAACGUGACAUCAGCCAGUGUGAAUUCAAAGAAGACGGGCUGGUCAAAGACUGCUCUGGAUUCUUCUCCACUGAACAGGACCCCCCUUCCGUCAUUAUCAAAUGCGAGGAGGCGUCUGAGGAGGUGAGUGGCCUAGACGGCCUCCUCUCUGCUCACGGCUGGGCUGAGGCAGGGUUACGGGUUUCCCUCACUGAGAUCCCGGCCAGGUAUUUCACACUGCACAAGUGUCCCCAGAACAUGUGUCUGGCUCCACCUACUGGCAGUGAGCUGGCAAAGGUCUCCUGCCCCACGAGCCUGGAGAUAGAACCCUACAGCUGCCAGCAGAACCGCAGGGAGCAAAUUCUAAUCUCACGGGGAUACGUAACAAACCUAAAGCUCCAUACGGUGGAGUACAGAAGUCGGCGGGAGAGCGAUUGGCGGCCGAGUUAG